AGCCUUUAGUCGCGUAUUGGCCACCGCGCACUGUACGUCAGGAGCUGUUGGUAUCCGGACGAACGACCGAACGAAUCUUCUGCUCUAUUCUAUUGGCAAGGAAGAAAAAAACGUGCGCGCGCGAGAUAGAUAGAUAGAUAGAUAGGUAUAUAUAUAUAUAUAUAUAUAUAUAUAUAUAUAUAGAGAGAGAGAGAGAGAGAGAGAGAGAGGGAACAUUGGCAAAAGAAAGGAACAAAGAAAGAAGAGCGAAAGAAGGAGGCUUAAGGAUCGAAUUUAAAAUAGAAGAAGAAAAGUCGCGACUGUAGGAGAGUGUACGUAAAAUGGUGGUGACCGAGUACGAAAUCCACGUUCUCAGUUGACAGACAAGGGGCUCUUUACAGGAGUGGUGAGAUUGACUAGCACGUUAACCAAAGAAAAAGGCGAAGGCAGCAGGCGCAGCUUGAUACACACACGUGGUGUAGCAGUGGUGCGAAGAAGAAGAGGCAUAAGAAACAACAGCUAUGGAUCCUUAUUCGCUGAGGUUAGUCUCGCUUAAGAAAAUGUGUUUACACACGCUUGAUUCAACGAUCCAACGAUAUGAAGAUAUCGGAAAUCGAAUGCAACGGUGAAAAGUGUGGAGCGCGAGGCAUCGAAGAACAUCGAGGAGAACGAGAGAGAACGUUUCAAAGACGCGAUCGUAUCGAGCAGAAGUCUGAACAAAGGCUUCGUCGAGCCUACUACCAUUAAAAAUGCCAUACACGAGAUCGCUUCCUGCAUCAUUGCCGCGUCUUUCCAUAUAUCGGUAGGACUAGCCAUGGCUUAUUCGGCUAUUUUGAUCCCCCACCUUGAGGCCGAGGACGCGGAAUUGCACGCAACGCAAGAACAGACUUCCUGGAUCGCCAGCGUGGUGGUAGUCAGCACACCUUUGGGUGCCUUGUUAGGAGGAUUUCUAAUGGAGACGGUGGGAAGAUUGCGGACCCUUCAAUUCGGCUCCGUCCCCUUCAUCGCAGGCUGGAUUCUCAUAGCGCUGUCGACCAAUAUCCCGAUGAUUUUAGUCGGUCGAUUGUUGUCCGGGCUGGCCACGGCUCUGGCAACUUCACCAGCUAUCGUCUACAUCACCGAAGUCGCAAGACCCGAACUUAGAGGAUCGAUGAUAUCUUUCGGUCCAACUUUGGCCUCCUUUGGCAUGGUUCUCUCGUACUUGAAGGGUGCAUACAUUCAUUGGAGACUGGUGGCCUGGCUGGGCAUAAUUUAUGCCGUCGUGCCAAUCAUUUUGGUGCAACUGUUCGUCCCGGAAUCGCCUGUAUGGCUCGUCUCUAAGGGACGAUUGGAGGAUGCGAAGAAAUCAUUGGAAUGGCUGUACAAGCACGAGGCGAAGCAAGGCAAGGUGUCCGCCGCGGAGGCACAGUUCAAUACGAUCGUGAAGGAGAACGAGAUUAAAUUGAGCGAACAAAGAAAGAGCAAACACGGCGGUGUCUCCACUAAACUCAGGGGAUUCUUGAAGCCCACAGGAUGGAAACCACUAACGAUACUCUUCCUCUUCUUCUCCUUCCAACAGUUUUCCGGCAUCUAUAUCACUCUCUUCUACGCUGUCACCUGGUUCCAAGAAGUCGGUUCCGGCGUGGAUGCAUACAUAGCCUCGAUUCUAGUUGGUGUAACUCGUUUCCUGUGUUCGAUGGUGAAUACUUGGCUGCUAAGGCGGUACAAGAGGCGACUCCUCUGUAUAAUCUCGUCUUUGGGAAUGGCCUUUUGCAUGACCGUUUCCGGUUACUACACCUAUCUUAUUAAGAACGGCGAUCGUUCUGGAUACUGGGUUCCUGUUGUAUGUCUGUUACUUUACGUUUGCACGUCUAUGGUCGGUAUGUUGACUAUUCCUUGGACCAUGACGGCCGAAUUAUUCCCUACCGACAUCCGAGGAAUCGCCCAUUCCAUCAGUUAUUCCAUAGCCAACUUGCUAAUGUUCGCUGCUCUGCAAAGUUACAGAAGCUUACAAAGCUUCCUUGGUGGAUCCCAUGCCGUACAAUGGUUCUUCGCUGGUGUUUCCAUAACGGCCGUCGCGUUCGUGUGGCUAUUGCUUCCAGAGACUCACGGCAAGAAGCUUUCGGAGAUCGAGGAGUACUUCCAGAAUCAUUUCCUAGCAGUGGGUGCCGAGGCGAAGACGAAGAAACGGCGAGCACAGAGAAAGCAACAGCGUAUCGAUAAAUCCGCCACGGAACCGUUGAACCCGAAAACCAUGCAAAACUUGUAGAUGCUUUCUUCCAUGUGGUUGGGGGAUCGUGGCGAGCAAGAAUUCUUAGCUGUAUGUACAUAUAACGUUUCUUCUAUACAUGACACACGGAUUACCGGUUUUUUUACUUAAAGUUGUUACCUCUGUGAAACACGAAGCGCGAGGAUACGAGAUCAGAUUUUUGCGAAAGCGAAGCUACUUUGAUAUCGUCGAGGUCAAGAUCGAAGAUAGCACUUUGCACACAGCCGAGGCAGGAAGACAGAAAGAGAGAGAGAGAGAAAGAGAGAGAGAGAGAGAGAGAGAGAAAUACGAGUAUAAGUAUAUUACGAAGCUGUGUAGUUUCGUAAUUGAGUAUUUCGCUAGGAAUUAAUUGCGGCAGAACAUAGAUUAGCGGAAAGGAGCCGUAUGACGAGAGAACGGAAGAGAGAACAGAUAUAUAUAUAUAUAUAUAUAUAUAUAUAUAUAUAUAUAUAUAUAUAUUUCGAGGCUAAACGAAACACGGCCAACGUCUCGGAAACGUUUCGCCCAUCGACCAGAAUAUAUACAUAUAUAGGGUGGACGAAUAGCCUCGCUUGUUGCUAAUUCCAGGAAAAUUUGUUAACGUAUAUUUGUAGACUGAUAUAAAGGUAUCCGGCGAAUCGGUAAAUUUCUGCCAUCACUGGCCUACGUUUGUUCCGCGAUAAAAGGAACAACCUUUUUUAUGAGGCAAACGAUAGUAUAAUACGUUAGAUACGCGUGAAUUCGUGUUAUACAUAUAGACGUGUCUGUGUAUACAGGUAUAGAGACGAUGAGGCGAUUGAUGAUAAAACGCACGGCAUGUGCUUGCAACAUGAUAUUGCAGAAGCAGCCAGACGGGAAUUCUUUACCAAAAAGCUAGCGAACGACUCUACGCGAGACUAUAAAACAGUAUUAUACGUUGAUCUGAUAUAGCCUCCCUUGCCUUUAUAAAAAUGUAUAUGGGUGGCCGUAGAGGAAGACGAUAAAAACAUCCUUUUCCUCGCGUCGCGUCGUAGAUCGUCUCGCGAAAUACCUUAUGAUCGUUUGCCGUUUUCAGGCAAUAGCAUAGCAUUCCUCUUUUGGAAACUAAUUGUUAACAACUUUGCUGUGAUUUACCAAUAUAGACAAGGACAAAGUCGCGCAACGAGAGGAAGCAGUAUCCUGUCUUGCCUAUGGAGCGUAUAGUUUCAAAUGCCAAUAUGUACAUACAUACAUAGUAUCGAAGCGCAGGCGCAGGCGUUGCGUUCUGUAAAUCAUUGACGCCUGACAAAUCUAUCGGUUUGUUCCAACUUACGGACUUGCUUUCUUUCCAAUGGCGCCCAUCUACUUAAACUAGAUACCUAAAUGUUACGAUCGUCCCUUUUUCUACGACCUUUUUGUCCCGUUUGAUAUUCAAGCUGAUAUACACAUCACUUUUUACCAUGCCUUUUUAUAAACCAUCUCUUUGUCUACUGAAUGGCCACUAACACAAUGGACCACUAACCAAACGCACAAAACUACCUUUUUACCAGUUUAUUAACCGUCGCCAGUUUACGGACAUUCUGUCAUUCACUAAUCGAACAUGAGUAUUUGCAUUAGAUGCGAUAGCCGCAAGCGGUGGACCAGUGUAUCUCAAAGUAUCGGCUACUCGCGAUAACCAUCUCCAAUUCCAUCCAUCUCCGAGCGUCGAUUGGUUUUUAUCGAAAUUCAGCUUGUCCGUAAAUUGUUCGAAAAGCGAAACUAUUACAAGCAAAGAUGCAACCAAAUCCUCCAUGAUUAUCGCCAUUAGUAGAAGGAAAAGUGAGCUUAGUCUAUGAUCGAAAAGAACGCCAAUUUCGCCUAAGAAGAUCUCUAAAAACAUAUACGUAUAUCGAAGUUUUUGGUUCGACAAGUGCCUUUCUUGUUUCUCUCCACUCUUUCAUUCAUUUUUUUGUAAUAUAAAUAUGCGUGAAUACGCGAACAGAAUAGAAAUUUAUAAGAAUGUACUUUGUAUCGUUGUAUCUAUAUAGUACGCUUGUAUUCUUCGAUUGUACAUGUAUGUGUAAGUACAUAUGUACAUGUAUAGACCUACAUCUAUAUGGCGUAUACGUACCAUUGCAAAAUUUCAUAGAAUGUUUCUAAUAAAAUCAUAUUUUUCGAAACUGCUAAA